AUGUCUACACAGCCUACUGCAACUGCAGGCAAUGGUGCUGGUAUCAACUAUGCAGCUAGAACCGCAGCCAGCGGAACAAAGUACGAGAACUCAAAUAGAAGCGGGAGUGGCCGACCGCCCUCGCAACGAGCUCGGCCGAAUACUCCUUCCCGUAACGGUGCCAUCCAACCCCCAAUUCUGGACGGACAUGGGCGUAUCAGUCAACGCAUCCAGAGCAAACCAGGACUAGUCUUGCCAGAGAGCGAGAAACUCAAACCCGGAGACAUUGUCAGUUUCUGGAUGAUCAAGCAUUGUCUCCUCGACGCUUACCAGCGACGCAAACACCACCCGGACGGAACCUGGGAGUUUGCUGAUACUGAUAAGUGCGUACUUCAGUUUCAGCCAAACGAUUACAUACGUAAUAGAUACGGGCAGGACUGGCCACACGGCUUCUCCCUGGAAUCUCGAGAUGGCCUUGUAGUUGGUGUAUCAUACGACGAUAGCAUCGCAACCGUCGACAUCUUGCCUUUUUUCUCCUAUUCCGGCAAAGGAGCCUGGCAAGACGACGGAGAAACCAUCCCCAAAUCCCCAGAAUUCUGUGCUUCGCACCUCUCCAUAAUGACCCGAAUCCGACUCGAUCGUCGAAUGCGAUACGAAGCAAGGAUCAAGCAACAGCGGGCGAUGAACCCGAACUCUGAUGUGAAGAUGUCAAUGAAUACACCCACUCCUAACAGUCAUCCAUGGGCACCUUUCGACUGCAUUGCGGUGGUCAACCAAAAUGAUUCAUACGACCCCAAGCGCAACACUCUGGUCAGAUUCUCGAUGGUUCUCACCAUGAACGUAGAUGCACGGGUACGAAAGCAUUCCUCCCUAGAGCCAGAGAGCAAGAUCCGCACCCUAGAUAUCUACCGUAAGUGGCUGUAUCUCAGGAUGAUUAGUCCCGAAGAGCGCUCUACAGGCGAUUAUGGCCCGUAUACUUGGCUUAGAGGAAUGGAUCCAAGCUAUACUGGGUCCUUGACGACCCCAGAGAUCGGCGCCACCAACGCUGCGCCUCAGCAGACGCCGAUAGUGCCUCAGCAGAAUGGUAACUUACCACGUCAUACCGGUCCAGCUGUGGUUGCUACACCUCCGCAGACGCCAACAGUGCCCCAUCACAACGGAGUUCUGCCACAUCCUACUGGUACUACCAACCCUACACCCCAGCAGGGGCCGGGAGCGCCUCAUCAGAACGGAGCCCUGCCACCCCCACCUGGUCUAGGUGUAGUCACUCCACCCUGGAUGAAGCGCAAGUUCGACGAUACAGAGGGAAACACCUCUGUGAACGCUGAACAGCAGGCCGCAAUGGGAGAUGCUAUCGCAACAACAGGAACCGACAGCUUUGGUACGCAAGCCGCUGACUCAUCCACGUCACUGGAGCCAGCAUCAAAGCGACAAAAGACUGAGGCCAACGCUGAUGAAGCUGAUACUGAUGUUGGGGUAACACCUGGCAACCCCGCCCCCCUCCCCCAAAUGAGAGCAUGCGACUCGAGAAAAUGA